GCUGUGCGGGGCUGGAUUUAAGAACAAGGUUUUUGCACAGGAAGAACCGAGGCGGAAUGGAUCUAAAACUAAACAUGGACUAUUCCCCGCGUGAGACACUCGAGCUGCGGACUCUUGGACUGCUUUGAUUGGGCUCGCCUGCCUCUUUUGUGUCCGAAAUCCGCGGCUGCUCCUCGGGCAGCGUACACAGAUAGCUCGGCGCAUAGACAGACAGGGUGGGAGUGAGAGAAGUGGACAAAAAUGUCGGAUACAAAGGUAAAAGUUGCGGUGAGAGUUCGGCCCAUGAACCGCAGGGAAAUUGAACUCAAUACAAAAUGUGUCGUCGACAUGGAGGACAACCAGACAGUUUUACACCCCCCAACAUCCAAUGGAAAAGGAGAAAACAGAAAACAACCCAAGGUGUUUGCCUUUGACCAUUGUUUCUGGUCAAUGGAUGAGUCCAAUGUUCCUAAAUAUGCUGGUCAAGAGGUCGUGUUCAAGUGCCUUGGAGAGGGGAUACUUGAGAAUGCAUUCCAGGGAUAUAAUGCCUGUAUUUUUGCCUAUGGACAAACAGGGUCAGGCAAAUCCUUUUCCAUGAUGGGAAACAGUGAGCAGCCCGGCCUUAUCCCGAGACUCUGCUGUUCGCUCUUCGAGAGGGUCCACAAAGAGGAGAACGAAGCCCAUAAUUUUAAAGUGGAGGUUUCUUACAUGGAGAUCUACAAUGAGAAAGUCCGCGACCUGUUGGAUCCCAAGGGGAGUAGGCAGUCAUUGAAGGUACGGGAGCACAAAGUUCUGGGACCAUAUGUGGACGGCUUGUCACAGCUGGCUGUGACCAGUUUUGAGGACAUUGAGGUUUUGAUGUCUGAGGGGAACAAGUCCCGGACUGUGGCUGCGACCAACAUGAACGAAGAGAGCAGUCGAUCCCAUGCAGUCUUCAGUAUUAUUGUCACUCAGACGCUCUAUGAUCUUCAGUCUGGGAACUCAGGGGAGAAGGUGAGCAAGAUGAGUUUGGUGGACCUUGCGGGCAGUGAGAGAGUGUCCAAGACCGGAGCUGCUGGAGAGAGACUCAAAGAGGGCAGCAACAUAAACAAAUCUCUUACUACCUUGGGAUGUGUGAUUUCUGCCCUGGCCGAUCAGUCCACUGGAAAGGGGAAGGCAAAGUUUGUGCCUUACAGAGACUCAGUGCUGACCUGGCUGCUCAAGGACAAUCUUGGGGGCAACAGUAAGACAGCCAUGAUAGCCACUGUGAGUCCAGCGGCCGAUAACUAUGAAGAGACUCUGUCAACUUUACGUUAUGCGGACCGGGCCAAGAGAAUAGUUAACCAUGCUGUGGUGAAUGAAGAUCCUAAUGCUAGAAUUAUCAGAGAACUCAGGGAGGAGGUGGAAAAGCUCAAAGUUCAGCUCUCCCAGGCCGAGUCACUGAAGGCGCCUGAACUAAAAGAAAAGCUGCAGGAGUCUGAGAAGCUCAUUCAGGAUCUGACCGUGACUUGGGAGGAGAAAUUACGAAAGACAGAAGAAAUUGCAACUGAGCGGCAGAAGCAACUGGAGAGUAUGGGUAUCUCACUUGAAACAUCUGGGAUCAAAGUGGGCGAGGACAAGUCAUUUCUAGUCAAUCUCAAUGCGGAUCCUGCCCUGAAUGAGCUCCUGGUCUACUAUCUGAAGGAGCGCACACGUGUGGGUGCAGAUACAUCCCAGGAUAUCCAGCUCUUUGGGAUUGGGAUCCAGCCGGAGCACUGUGUGCUGGAGCUGUGCCCAGAUGGUGAUGUCACCCUGAUGCCCAUAGAGAAUGCAAGGACAUGUGUAAAUGGAACUAUCAUUGACUCCUUGGUGCACCUGUGGCAUGGGGAUCGAAUCUUAUGGGGCAACAACCACUUCUUCAGGAUAAAUCUUCCUAAA